AUGAACGCAGCAGCAAAGACUUGGCUAAACUCACGGCUGCUUCAUGGGAAAAGCAGACGCUUGCAGUUUCGCAUCUCUCCGCCACUUCUUCGAUGCUGUCCCGCUCAAAGAUCUCACCUUUGCCACGCUCUGUUUUCCACGGUCGAACCCUCCGGCGUCUCGCGGGCGGCGCACCACCCUCACGAUCGUUCCGUUGACCUCGACCGGACCGAGGGAGCGCACGCCUUCUUGAUCAAGACCCACUUCACUCGUGCUCGUAGCCACACCGGCCGCGUUUCCGGGGCAGCUCAUCAACCCCACUUGGAUUCCGCGGCUCAUGUCAAGUUUCUCGUGACGUCUUACGUCAAGAACAGCUCCCCUGAAGCUGCAAUUAGCGUGUACGCAUGCGCGCGCGAAGCUGGUUACGAAUUAGACUGUUUCGCCAUACCUUCGGUCCUUAAAGCCUGCGGGCAAGUUUCGUGCUUGCGGGUGGGAGAGGAGAUUCACGGGUUCUCGGCGAAGUCUGGAUUCGACGGCGAUGUUUUCGUGCUCAAUUCGAUGGUUUUUAUGUAUGGGGAAUGCGGGCAUGUGGCACUCGCACGCUUUUUGUUCGAUGAAAUGCCCGACAGGGAUGCCGUUUCCUGGAGCACGAUGAUUCGGUGCUACAGCCGCAAUGGACUAGUUGAAAAAGCGUUAGAAUUGGUGAAGGAAAUGCACAUUGCGAAUGUAAAGCCUAAUGAGGCUGCCUUGGUGAAUAUGGCCAAUCUUUUCGCAGAUUUGGGUAACGUCGAGAUGGCGAAAGCUAUGCAUGCUUAUGCAAUAAGAACUGCUUCUGGCGGCUAUUCUGAUGAGAAUAUGGGAGUUAUGCUAGGUACUGCUUUGAUUGAUAUGCAUGCCAAAUGCAGAAACUUAGCUUCUGCGCAUAUGCUCUUUGACAGGUUGACUCAGAAGAACAUUGUUGCAUGGACUGUGAUGAUUUCAGGCUACAUCCGAUGUUGCAAAUUAAGAGAAGGAGCUGAUCUUUUCAAAACAAUGCUUGAAGAAGGCCUUCUCCCGAAUGAAGUAACAUUGUUGAGUUUGAUCAUAGAGUGUGGAUCUGUAAAAGCUUUGCAACUCGGCAAGCAGAUACAUGCCUAUAUCUCUAGACACCGUUUGGACAUCUCUUUAGCUGUGUCCGCUGGUCUGAUUGAUAUGUAUGGAAGGUGCAGCAACACUAAAUAUGCUAGGGCACUCUUUGAUCACAUAGAGAACAGAGAUUUCUUCACAUGGUCAGCAAUGGUUUCAGCUUAUGCUCGAGCAGCACUCGUUGAUCAAGCUUUCUAUUGCUUUGUCCUAAUGAGGGCCGAAGGGUUAAGUCCGGAUAGCGAAAUUAUAGUCAACAUCCUACUGGCGUGCACAGGCACUGGCGCGUUUGCCUGGGGCAGGCGGAUCCAUGCGUACCUCAGCAAGUGUGGCAUGAAUGAUGUGAUUCUCAAAACUGCACUUGUCGACAUGUAUGCUAAGUGUGGUGACGUAGUUGGGGCCCGCAUUCUGUUCGAUGAGGCAAUUUAUCGAGACAUAUGCAUGUGGAAUGCCAUGAUUGGCGGUUACGGAAAGCAUGGUUUUGGAAAAGAGGCUCUGCAACUCUUCCGAGAAAUGGAGGAAUCGGGCAUGAAGCCGAAUGAUAUGACGUAUAUUGUAGUUUUGCAGGCUUGCAGUCAUGCCGGGUUAGUAGCAGAAGGAAAGAGGGUUUUCCAUGAAUUGGUCAAUAGCCGCAUGUUGAUUCCCAAAAUUGAGCACUAUGGAUGUAUAGUCGACCUUCUUGGUCGAGCUGGGUUGCUUGAUGAGGCAUAUGAAGUGAUCAAAAGCAUGCCAAUCAAACCCAACUAUAUUAUAUGGGGUGCUGUAUAUGCUGCCUCGCAGCUGUUUAAGAAUUCUAAGAUGGAGAAGUUGGCGUCCGAGCAGAUUAUAGAAAUGGUACCUCGGAGUUCUGGUUAUGAUGUUCUUUCAUCGAAUAUAUUUGCCACUGCAAACAGAUGGAGUGAUGUAGAAGAGGACAGGAGAAGAAUGAUGAAUUCCAGAAUUAAGAAAGAAGCAGGUGUGAGCGUGAUCGAAGUUGCCAUCAGGGGUUGA